AAAACACUGCAUACGUGCCAAAGCAACAGAACACCACCAAAAACUUAUGUGAGAUAUGUAGCUGCAAAGAUGGGACUCUUUCAUGUGUUGGUCUCAGUCCAACGCAGAAGCUCAGCAAAGUUCCCGUACCGGAGGCCGGCACCUAUAAUGGCACUUUCAUCAUCUUAAAUUUCCAAGGAAACUCUAUUUCUUCCAUCGAUGAAAAUGUAUGGAAAGCAUACCGCUGGGCUGAGAAACUAAUCCUCAGUGACAACGAGCUGACUGAGUUACAUGAGGACACAUUUGAAGGUCUGAUAUCCAUCCAGCAUUUAGAUUUAUCCUGCAACAAAAUAGAAUCCAUCGAAAGACGUGCAUUUGCGCCAUUCCCUUUUUUGCAGUUUAUAAAUCUUGGUUGCAAUUUACUCACAGAACUGAACUUCGGGACGUUUCAGGCGUGGCACGGAAUGCAGUUCCUGCACACCAUAAAUCUCAGUCGUAAUCCUCUGACCAAUAUUGAAGAUUCCUAUCUUUUCAAAUUGCCAGCAUUAAAAUAUUUAGACUUGGGGACCACCCAAGUGACGCUCACCACAGUCGAGAACCUGCUCAUGAUGACCCUUCAGCUGGAAAGCCUGAUCUUACCUAGCCGUUUGGCCUGCUGCCUCUGCCAAUUUAAAAACAACAUUGAAGUGGUCUGCAAGACAGUCAAGCUGCACUGCGACAGCGAAUGUCUGGCAAAUGCUACGCGUUGUCUUGAAGAAGCAUCGAUUGGAAAUCCAAAGGGAACAUUCAUGAAGAUACUGCAGGCCCGGAAGACCAACACUAGCAAGGAGUUGAUUAUUGAGCCAGAGAACCUGUUAUCAGGAAAAAUUAGCAUGGACCUUCAAGGCUCCAUAAACGAACUGCAAGGCUUAACCAGCGAAAGUGAUGUUCUUGGCUCACUACGUUACAUUCUGCCUUACUUCUCGGAGGAAAAUCUGCAAAAUGUAGAAUCAACCUUACUACCCCUCAUUAAGUUGCUUUUCUCAGAUGGGCAAGAAAGAAACAAGUCCCUCAGCCUUGUGAAAAGCCACUUCAGGAAGCCCUUUCCUUACAAAAACAAACGGAAAAAGCUCUAUUUCCUCGAAAAAAUGCAGCAAAAAACAAAUCAGGCUAAAAAAGAGAAAAAAACCGCCAAGUUCAUGCAGCCUAUCCUGUUAGGUCCCAAAUUUGAGCGUCCCGUUUUCCUAAGGAAAUCAGAAACUGCCCCAUCGGAGGAGAGCAGCCUGGAGGCCAUUCCAGGCGUAGGGCAAAGGAUGCAGAGGGUGAAAAAGAUCAUCAAGGGGCCAAAGGGCUUGCGGAAAAGGCGCCGGCAGCAGAGGCAGAUGCAGGGCCUCAGCAGGAGGCAGAGCACACAGGGGUCUGUGGAGAGCCUGACCCAAGGCAGGCUGCGAGGAGCAGACCCCCGCACGUUGCAGGAGCUUCCUGCACCGCAGCAGCCCCGGGAGCUGGAGGGAAACGGCUUCCACAGGGAGUCCUUGCUCACCAAGCAGCACAAGGUCAAAGUCUCCUCUUUCCUCAAAAAAUAUAUUAACAGCAGGUCCUCUGUCCCCUCUGACGAAUCUCUCUCCAAGGCCAAAAAGAAAGAAAAAGUCUUAACCGACACCAUUUUUGUUUUAGAAGAUGCCAACGCCAGAACAAAAAACGAGCUUGGGAAACCAAUCUCCCGUGCCCGGCGCGUUCAUAAAACUCGCUCUCAUCCGGUCCUCGGGACUGCCAAAGCCAAACCGAGCCACAAGUUCAGAAGAAAAAAUCCCUUCCACAGGCUGCGGUCUGCCAAGAGGCCUCCGUUCCCCGCGCUGCGGAGCCUCAUCAACUCCCCUGCACGGGAGGAAUUCCCGUCUCCAGGGGACCUGAGUUCCCAGGGAAACCCCUUCCCAGAACCUUCUGUAGAAAACACUGGUGAAAAAAACCAUCUUGUGGGAAACGAUUUCGAAGGAAGCAUGUUAGGAGAAAACAUGACAGUGUCUGAAAGCACGUUCAGCAGCAACACCAUCCUUGAGAAUCCCUUAGUUGCAGAUCCUGCUGGGACCAUGUUCAAGUUAACGCCGACUCUCGAACAAGCCGACGAAGCAAACUGGCAAUACCCCAGCCUGGACCCUGGAGCCCCCACCAUGCCCAAAGAUGUCACCUACCCUUUGCUGUUACCCAAGGGGGAUCAGCUUGAAAUCCAGCUAAACCAGCAGCUACAGUCCCUCAUUCCCAACAGCGACGUGAGAAGGCUCAUCUCUAAAGUUAUCCGGACUCUGAAAUUUGACUGCUCGGACCCCCGUGUGAAAUUAUCCUGCGCCAAGCUCAUCUCCAUGACAGGCAUCCUGAUGAAGCUCCUCAGCGAGCAGCAGGAGGAAGACGCGGCCAAGGAGCAGUGGGACAUAGACCGAUGGAGAACCGACACUUACAUCAACGACAGCGAGGAAGCCCCGACUCAGCAGAAGGAGCAGAAGCCGGAGGAGCUCAAAACAGAAGUUCCAGCACACGUGAAUCACAGCAAACUCAUCCUGGCAAUAUCUGUGACGGCGGUUGUUAUGCUACUGGUGAUCAUCUUCUGUCUCAUUGAGAUUUACUCUCACAGAGCGACAGCAGAGGAAGAUAUAGAAAAAUCUUCAUCGGGUCUUUCCCAACGAUCGUCUAGGACACGCUCAAAGACUGAGGGCUUCUUCGGGCUAAGGUGGCUCCUCCCGCUGAAGCGUCUGUUCAGGUCUUUUGGUGCCAGACGCAAGAAAGCCAAGGACUCGAAGACCCCAGAGAAGACUGAGAAGGAAGAGUUUUCCGAUACGGAUGCUGGAGAGCUCAGCGAGGUUCCUGCUGAGAAGACGACCCCUACCGAGUCCGCGGCUGAAGGCGAAGGCGAGGAGAGCCAAGUCCCGGAGGACUGAAUCACCGAUUUUGUUUUCUAAUAUUGGCAUUAUAAUCACUUAUAAAACAAUUAUUUCCUUA